AUGUCUUCUUUCCGUGUUUUUCUUUCCAAGAAGAUGAAAUCUUCAAACAAAAAUCCUAUGUUUAAGAUGUCCUGGAACAAGGCUAAUGGAUUUAUUGCUGGAGGAUACUCGGAUGGUAUGAUAUCAUUAUUGAACGUUACUCCUUCAAGAGAUCAGCCAGGAUCUCAGCAAGUUGAAACUAUAGAAUCUCUCGAUAUCCAUUCAAAGCGUAUUACAGCCCUUUCCUGGUCAGAUAAUGGUCGCCUGUUAGCAUCUGGUGAUUCUUCUGGCAAAAUUGCAUUCUUUGCAAAGAAAGAAAAGGGAUGGAAGAAUGUCGUCAUAAAUUCGUCCUUAAAUGCAUCAGUUAAUUCUAUCGUUUGGGCAAAAAAUAGCAAAAUGGCUGCCAUUGCUUAUAAAGAUGGUCCAUGCGCAUGCGUAACUGCAGAAGGUAACUUAGAUUGGACCACCAUGAUGAGACAAGUAAUAGAAUUUCUCGAUUGGUCACCAAAUUCAAAAAUAUUGCUUGGUGGUACUGCUUAUGGUGAAGUUCUUAUCAUUGACUCAAGAGGUGUUGAAAUUAACACUGUUCCACUUCCAUGUCUCUCAAAUUCAAAAUCAGAACCAAAAAUUGUAGCUCUCGAAUGGCAUAAACGCGCAGAAUACGGUCUUCUCAUUGCAUUCAAAGAUGGCAACAUCCAAUUAAUGAGAAAUGAAUCAGAUACCCAACCAUUUGUUAUUUCCAUGGAACUUGAGAUUUCUACUGCUACCUGGUUCAAGAGCGGACAAAACUUUGUUACAGCUGGUGUCAAACCAAACGGCAGGGCUGUUGCUAUCUUCUUUAAUUCUCAUGGAGAUAAUAUUCGCGAACUUGAACUCCAAGGCAAAGAAAUCCACGCAAUUUCGUUAGACCCAACAGAUACAUCUCUUGCGAUCGCAUCAGAUAAUCACUUCUGCUUAGCCCAAAUCGUUCCUCAUAUUAUUUGGGGAUAUACAAACAAUGUUCUUUGCUAUUGCUAUCUCAAAGGUAAUGAUGAUAUAUCUACAGCAAUUUUCUUCAACCGCAAGUCAGAAGAAAAGAGAGUUCAGCAAUUUAGAGACCUUGUUACACUUUCCGCUCAUUCCAGCUUCUUCGUUUUUGCUACAAAGAAUGGUGCAGAUGAAUCAACUCUCACAGUCACAAAUACAAUCGGAGUUGUCAUAACUUCUUCUCAUAUUCCAUUUAUUCCAAUCUUUUCAUCAUCCUGCGGCCAAACCGUUGCAUUAGUUUCUCAAAACAAGAUCUGUGUAUGGAGAUUCCAAGAAGACGAACAGCCACAAGUUUUAGAUUUUGCAGAUACAAUUACAACAGCUCAUUUAACUGAAAAACUUCUUUACAUAUCAACAAGCACACAAAUUGUCGUUCUCGAUGUACCAUCAAUGGCCGAAGUUACAAGAUAUACAACGAAUUUCGCAAGUGAAACGAUCGGAGUAUCUAGUAAUGGAGCCAUUCUUUCGCUUAACGAUUCAUACGGUACCGUACAGUUCUUUUCCACAGAAGAAAAGAGAAUUAUCGGUCCAGUUUGCAAAGAAGUAUGGGUAUCAGCCUGGGCAAGCGAUGCACCGGAACAAUUUGCAGCUCUUGAGCGCCAGAAGUUAGUUGUAUUCAACGAUUUGGAGCCAGAAGAGCCUGUUUCUUGUUUAUCUCAUAUUGCCGAGUUCUCAGAGCUGGAAAUUCUCACAAUUAACCUCAUCUGGCUACUCAAAGACCCAAUGAAUCCAUCCACACGCUUCUUCAGGUCCCAUCAGACGAAGCAAUUAAGGCAAUUACACCAAAUGCUCUCUGCAAGGCCCGAAACAUCCGUAGAGGAUAUCUUUGCCUUCGCCAAGAAGGAGAACAAGCCAAAACUCUGGGAUUCCUUCGCAGAAACCGUAAUGCUCGAAAUGAAUUUCUCAUUAACCGAAAGAUGUUACUUGGAAACAACAAAUUACAGAGGUCUUCAAUUUGUUAAGCGCAUCAGAACCGUCAAAGACCCCAAUAUCCAGCGCGCCCAAGUAUUAUCUUAUCUCGGCAGAUUCGAUGAAGCGGAAAGCAUCUAUUUAUCAAUGGACAGACUCGACUUAGCCAUAGAAAUGAGGCGCUCCAUCGGCGAUUUCCGCCACGUCAUCAAAAUCAUGGGAAACGGCGUUGGCGACGAUGAAACAAUUGCUGCAGCAUACACAGCAGUUGGCGACGAACUGUGCGAACAAGCUCAUUGGAGUGAUGCAACAAUGGAAUAUUCACAAGCCAGAAAUGACGAGAAACUGAUGAAAGCAAGAUUCCUUGCACAAGAUUACGACGGACUCGAGAGAUUGAUGAUGUCUCUUCCAGCACAAUCUCCUCUUCUCCACAAGAUUGGCGAGAUGUUUGUCGCAAUCGGUGCUGUCGAUGACGCAGUGACAGCAUUCACUUCCUGUGGAGAUAUCGCAGCUGCAAUCGAUGCCUGCGCGAGAAUGAACCAUUGGAAACCAGCUUUGAAACUCGCAAGCAAAGGAAGAAACAUGGAAAUCAAAGCGAGAAUGGUCAAAUACGCAGAAGAUCUGAUCGCCAAUGGCCAAAGAGCAUCAGCAGUCGACUUCUACGUAAGAGCAGGAUUGAAUAUCGAAGCAGCCAAAUUAUUAUUGAAAGCAGGUGAUGAAAUUCUUGCAAUUGGCGAUGAUUACAUCUCAGCGAAGAUGUGCUAUAUCUUUGCAGGAAUACAGUUGGAACAGCACAGAAAAGGAGCUUUCGAUGGAAGUGCAACAGCAGAAGAGAGAUUGGACGGAUUGAUGAAGGAAGAUGAAGUGACAACAAGCGGUUUACACAGGGAAGUUUGGCGUAAAGCAGAAGGUGUCCAUUUCUUGUUGUUGGCAAACAGAUUCUAUCAGGAAAGGAAGUACAAAGACGCAUUAGUUGCUGCAUGCAGAGUUUUCGAUGAUUACUCUGAUAUUGUUGGAGAAGCAAGAGCAUCUUCUUUACUUGCUUUGUGCGGUUUGAAGAAGAGAUUCUUCGGACAGUGCAGCCGCGCGAUGACGACAUUGGAACAUUCCGACGAAUUGUCACAAGCACAGAGAGAGAAGUUCGAGGAUUUGGCUAUAGAUAUAUUCACAAGGAACCAGCCUGUUGACCAGGAGAACCUUGGAUCUGUACAAUGCCCGAAGUGCUCUGCUGUUGUCUUCAAUACAAGUUCGCAGUGCCCUGAAUGCGGUGAAAGAUUGAAAGUUUGCACUUACUCCGCAAGAUUAAUUGAUGGACAGAAUUACUGGGAAUGCAAGUACUGCAAGCACUAUGUAAUGAUAGAUCUUGUUGAUGAACUUCGCGUUUGCCCACUCUGCCAUCAUAAAGUAACCCAGUAA